AAAGGGGGUGGGAGGAGCCGAAGGUAGCAGGAGGAGGUGCGUUCUUAUCUCUCCCUCCCACCGUGACGUUGACGACCUUGAUUGGGCACGGAAGCUGGCAGUUCUUCAUCGCCCCGGCGACUGUGGCUGGAUCUCUGCUGGCUGUAAACAGGAGGAAGAAAGAAAAGAGUGACCCUAAUUCUGUUCUGCCGACGACAACCCCCACCCCCCUGGAGAACGGCACAUUGGGCGUUGGGGGCCAUGCCAGCCCCCUGACAAUGUUCCACAUUGAGGAUGAUGAUGAUGAAGAGACAUUCCCGCCGGGUGAGAAGGAACCGCAGGAUCUCAAGCUGACCAGGAGGAGCGUCGCAGGAGGGGACCAGGCCCCAGGAAGCCCAGGAAGUCCUUCCGCUGGGAAUCCAGAGCUCCGGCGUCGCAUUGGAUCCGACCCUCCCUUGCCAGACCCAGAGGCCCUGGAUGAGGUGGGCACUUUCCGGGCACGCUCACGCUCUGCCCCUCCCAUCCUGUGGGCAGCCCAGCGGUACGGGAGGGAGCUGCGCAGGAUGAGUGACGAGUUCCAUGGCGAGCUGCAGAAGUUGCCGCGCCCCAAGAGUGCAGGGACAGCUACCCAAAUGCGCCGGACGUUGGGCUGGAAGGAGGUUCUGCAGUCAUGGUGGCGUCGGAAUUCCCCAGGCAAUGGUCCAAGAAGCCCCCCAUGACUGUAUCUUGCUGCUGUCCAUUACAAAUGGUGGGGUUUUU